GUUGCAAUUUCGCAUCGGUGUACGUUCAAACCUACACAUCAGAACAAUCUUGCGAAUGAAUUUGCAUGUUUUGCGAAUUAUAAUACUCAGAUAUUGUGAUGGUUGA